CUUUGGAGCUACCCAAAAGAAGAUGUCUUAUGGUUCGAUUGACGGGAGUGGGUUUGGAAGCAGGAGCAGCUUUGGGGGGCCCUCGAGACAAGGAUACCAACCUCUAGCCACACAGAUUGAUCCGAAUGAACUACAGGAGCUCUUUCAAGAAACUUCGGCAAAUGUCUUCCGAAUUAAUGCUAAUGUGACUUCUCUGGAAAGGAGCUUGAAAUCUCUGGGGACUCCGAACGACACACCAGAACUGCGAGAUGGGCUGCACACUUGUCAGCAAGAGACUAACAGAACCAUCAGUACAUGCACCAACGCUAUCCGGCAGCUCUCUGAGAUAAUUCGAGGUUCUUCUAGGCAAGAACGGCUUCAGUUGGACCGGCUGAAGAACCAGCUUUCGGAUGCCAUUCAGCGAUACGGCACAAUUCAAAAGAAAAUUGCCGAAAAGUCCAAAGCUUUGCUCCCCACGGGCCAAAGACCUAGGAAGAGUCCCAAGACCCCUUUCUCUGACCUGGCCGACGACGAAAAGAUCUUUAACGGAGGCAAGAGCCUGUGGCAAGAACUGCCCCAGGAGCAUGCACUGCUCUCAGAAAUCACGGAGGAGGACGUGGAGGCCAUCCGCCAGAGGGAAGAAGCCAUACAGAAAAUUGAGAGCGACAUGCUGGAUGUUAACCAAAUCAUAAAGGACCUGGCUUCCAUGGUGUAUGAGCAGGGAGACACAAUAGAUAGCAUUGAAGCCAACCUCGAGACGGCGUCUUCUAAUGUGGAAUCUGCCAAUGAGCAAUUGGCUAAGGCCAGUCAGCACCAACGACGAGCCAGGAAGAUGAAGUGCUGUUUCAUCACGGCAGGCCUGGUUGUUCUUCUGGUGGUUGUCAUAAUCAUCACGGUUUCUGUCAAGCGUUGA